AAAAGUUCGACAUUAUUUGUUCUUGAAGUUCUGUCGCAAAAGGUUUAUUUAUCUGAAGCGCAAGUCAAUAAUGCUAAUAGAAAAUAUGUUACUCAAACAAAAUUUCCUGCCGAUGACAUUGAAUCAUGGCUUACUCCUUAUGAUGGAGUUUUAGCAACGGAGAAUACUCCUGUUUAUGGUUUCGUAGGAAAGCUAAAUACUUCUAAUAAUAGUACUAGUUUUGGAAUUGUACAGUAUAAUAACGCCAUGAAAAAUGCUCUUGAAUACUUGCGUGAGCACAAAUCUUAUGCGCUUACAACGCCGAGUAAAAAACCUCUUAACGUUAACCAAGUAACGAAUACUGUAGUUGAGAACCAAAAUCCUGACGACACAAACACGGAAUCAACUACGAUAUCUCCAACGAUUCAGAUGACAGCAUCAAAUCUUUCUUCAUCAUAUCCUACUACAAUAUAUCCUCAGAUUUUAGUAAUUGUUGACUAUGGAUUAUUCAAAAUACUGGGCGGAGAAGUACGUGAUGUUAUAUUAUAUAUUUUAGCAUAUUAUAAUGGCGUAGACUUAUGGUUCCGAAAUCUCGAGAGUCCAAAAAUUAGAAUCAAUAUUCAUGCAAUUCUUAUAAUUGAGUACCCAGAUUUUUUAUCAAACGUACAAUACGCACUAAAUAAAAUAGAUGGUGAUGAUCUACUAAUCGCAAUAGGCACAUGGUUGUACGACAACCAGGUGGUAUUUCCGAUUGAUAGUUACGAUAUUGCUGUUUUAAUGACAUCCAAUAACUUGUUCGACAAAAAAAAUGGAGCACAAACAAUAGGUAUAACAUUCAAGGAAGCGGCAUGUGAAACCUUACACGAAAAGAGAGUAAAGAAGUUAGCAAUUAUUAGUGACAUGGGUGAUUUUGUCAGAAUUCGUGGUAUGGCUCAUGAAAUAGGACAUUCGCUUGGUAUGGAUCAUGAUGACGAAAAUGAUAAUAAAAUAUGCCCAAAAAAUGAUGGUACUGUUAUGUUACCUAGCAUCGACGAUUUAGGACCUAAAUACUUUGAAUGGUCACAGUGCAGUUUAGAUCAAUUAACUGAAUCAUUUGAAAAGGCUAUGCUGCUACUCUGGUCGUCCUUUUUAAGGGCGCCACUGGAAGUAAUAACGGCCUCCCAGAGCCGGAUCUUAGAUCAUCAGGGUCGUUGUAAAUUAAUUAUUUGUAAGAGAGAGGAGAGGAAGGAUAAUUUAUAAUUAUUAACACUUUAUUUAAAUAAUAAUUUUUACCUUUAUUUGUAUGACUUUAUAAACCUUUUAUACCUUGUAACACUUAUAAACCUUAUUACUACCGUCAACUACCUUUGACG